CCAAGAUCCAAGAGCAAUCAGCUAGCUAAGGCAAACUUAGCUACGAGUAAGAGGGGAGUUACUACCUAGUACGAGUGCUAGCAGGAUGCCGGAAGAACCGAGGCGCAGCAACAAUCAGCGCCUCCUGCCUAUACGAAAUACAGCAAUUGUAGGUCCUGCUAGGCGACAGCUUCAGUUCACGCAGGAACGAACUACCAACCAAGGCCCAACUCAUGGGAACAGUUCAGCAGGGGGGAAUGCUCCCAUGCGGGGUGGAGUUGGCCAUCUCAGUAACCCCCAAGCCCAAGUUCAUUCUACCAUUAUAGCUCCAGCCCAUCAAAAUGAAGAAACUAGGGUGAAUAACCCAGCAAGGGGUGGAGUGGGCAAUCCUAUAAACCAGCAGGAGAAUUCUACUAGGAUUGUCUCAAACCAUGAAAACAAUAUAGGGGUGAAUUACCCGUCAAUGGGUGGAGCGGGAAAUCCUACCAAGACACAGGAUAAUUCUACCAAGAUAGUCUCAAACUAUGAAAACAAUACAGGUCAUGGUGCCAAUGUAGUCUCAACUCCUGAGAACAACACAUCAACCGAUGCAUCAACCGUUGGACCACCAAACAGAGCUAUCCAUAUGGCCCGUGAAAAUCCUGUCGCUGCGAUACAACCUCAAAUUGUCAAUGAGUGUAGCCAUGAAGAGCGACUCAAGUUCAAUGAAGAAAGACGCAUGCAGGUGCCUAUGUUGGCCCUACAUGAACUGCAAAUAAACGCAUACAUGUGUAGCACGUGAAUAAUAUACUCCUAUGCACGUGCUGCUCACAAGCAUGUGCUUAGUGAGCGUCAUUUGUCUGUAAUUUAUACAUGUAAGCAUAUCACAAUAAGCAUGCAUUAAUGAUGUAUACUUGGUAAAUGAAAUAUUAUAUAAGUUGUUAUUUGCACA